AUGGAGCCGCCAAAGGGAGGAAAUUGUCGUACCCAGUGUCGACUCACUUUCAAAACCACAUCCUCCGCACACUCACUGCCUCGAUCCGAGCAACCGCCUUCAAAAAUGCAGUUCACACUCAUUACCUCUUUGCUCGUCGCUUGCAUGACAGUUCUUGUGUCAUCUUCACCGAUUCCGGUCGCAGUGGCAGUGGCAGAAGCAGAAGUGAGGGGGGUCGACGUAUCCGAUGAAGCUAUCGCUCGAGGAUGUAGUGUAUUUGGGUGCUUCUAA